AGUAAUCGUGAUCAGACAUGGUGUUGUCAGUACUGGCCAUAGCUUGUUGCGUGUUGUUCGCUGUAUGGAGACUGGUGAAGCCGAGGUCUCCAUCAUCUCUCUCAAGCCCUGAGAAGAUAGCUGACUCUUUUUUGUCAUGCAUUGCUUUGGCGCUAUGGCCCUGGUUGAAACCACGGAGUGUGAAGUCACCGCCGAUGUAUCCUGGAUGUCUGCCACUCAUAGGACACGGGUAUAUGAUAAUGGGAGAUGAUACACAGCUGUGGAAGGGUGAAAAACAAUUUUAUGACUUUUGUUUGCAGAACAAUGAUGUUAUUCAAUUUCGACUCGGAACUCAUUCUGUAAUUGUAAUAACAGAUCCAGAUGAUAGUUUAACAGUAGCAAAUAACUGCUUAGAAAAACCAUACUUCUACAAAUUCGCUGAUAAUGUUUAUGGCAAGGGCCUUAUAACAACAAAUGUAAAAAUGUGGAAACUUCACCGCAAGCUACUAAAUCCAUCGUUUAACAUGCAAAUGUUGCAACCAUUGGUCGGUACAUUCUGUAAACACGCAAAACUUCUCGUGCCUGCACUCGCUGCUCAGGCAGGGAAGGGCCCUUUUGACGUUCAGCCAUACUUGAUCAGCAAUGUAAUGAAAACUGCUUAUAGAGCGACAUUUGGAACAAAACUUCAUGAGAACAGUGAGGCGCUCAAAAUCUAUUCAGAUGCAACUGAAAAAAUAUUUAUGCUGAUGCAAAGGAGACUGCAAAAGGUCUGGCUACAUUUAUCUUACAUCUAUAAAUUGACAACGUCCUGUGGAGAAAGUGAUAAACUGGCAAACAUCAUGAAAGGCAUAACUGAAUCGGUUAUCACGAAGCGUAAAAUAUUAAGGGCUGCUACACCGUUGGAUAAAUUGCAGACGUCAGAUACAGAAGACUUUGUGCCUUUAUUGGAUCGAAUGCUGGACCUGGCUGAUAAACAAGAUGCCUUCACUGACGAUGAGUUGAGGGAACAUUUGGAUACUAUGGUAGCAGCUGCUUUCGAUACUACCGUUACUGCAUUAACGUAUAUUUUGAUUCUGAUUGGAUCGCACCCUGAUGUACAGGAAAAAAUGUAUCAAGAGUUACAAACAGUACUUAAAGAUGAUGAAAGAGAUAUUAACAGACAUGAUCUGCCAAAGCUCGUGUAUACAGAAGCAGUGAUAAAAGAAGCCUUGAGGUUAUAUCCGCCAGUACCAAGAGUCGCUAGGACUUCGGACACUGAUGUGAAGCUGAAAAACUAUACACUACCAGCUAAUUGCACGUACAUAAUACCAGUGUACCAUCUUCAUCGUCAUGCGAUGUGGGGGCCGGACAAGGAUCAGUUCAUACCGGACCGGUGGUUGGAUCCGGCACGGUUGCCUAAAAAUCCGAACUUUUUCGCUCCCUUCAGCCUGGGCAAACGCAACUGUAUCGGUAAAAUAUACAGCAUGAUGAAGAUUAAAACGACUCUGUCGUAUAUAUUACGACAUUUUCGUAUCCACAGUGAUAUUGAGAAGUUGGAGACACGAUGUGAUGUCCUCUUAAAACCGGUGGCUGGACAUUUCAUAAGUUUGGAGUUGAGGGUGUAAUAAUAAUAAUUUUCAGUGGGCGGACUGAAGCAUUGCCACAAAAGGUUUUACAGACUAUUGGUUGCCUUAUAAUUUCAAAAGAUUUUUUAGUUCAUUAAUGAUCGGAAUUACCAUCCUAUUGCCACCCGCUUUUAAAUAAAGCAAGGCUAUCCAUAAAUGGGCUAUUUAAACACAUCAUUUUCUAUUUACAUUUAUAUCUACAUACAUACAUCUACAUAACAGUAAACUGUCAACGUAAACUGACAUUUCCAUAAUAUACCUAUUA